CCUUCUCUUCCCCCAAGUCGUCCCCUUUGCUGGAUUCGAGUCAACCGUCCGGAAUCGGAUUGAGGGCGCCAUCGCUUCACGUGCAAUGCCGCCGCGUCAUCUCGUCACCUAAUGUCGAGUUCGAACCGGGGGCGCUGAAUGUGUUAUUUCAAGAACUCGGGCUCAACGAGAGAGAGACUGAAUCUCUCUUGACCAGGGACCCGGAUUUGAGGCUGAAGUCUAUCGGUUCGUUGCAGGCUCGCGUUGCCUCUUUAAAAUCGGUCGGAAUCAGUGGCCUCGAGCUCUGCCAUUUGGUUGCGAAAUGCCCUUCUGUGUUGGCAGCAGGUGAAAUCGAUCCCUUUAUACUUUUUGUGCGCGACAAAUUAGAUGGAAAGGUUGAGCCGAUGCAGCUUAAGCGUCUCUUUAUGUCAACUGAGCCGCGAUUCCUAGCUGGAUUUGAGGAAAAGGUUAAUUUGCUGACCGGCAGUGGGAUUCCUAGAGAAAAGAUUGUUCAUGUUCUCAACAAUGUGAAUUUAACGAAGGCUUUGUCUCUUAAGCCGUUUGAAGAGAUUGAAAGGCUCCUUAAUUUCUUGAGCCGCUAUGGUGGGGUUGAUUUGAUUGUGAGGCAUCCCCCCAUUCUUAACUUUGAUAUGGAUACCCAAUUGAUUCCGAGAGUGGAGUUUCUUCUAGAACUUAGUGGAGGAGAUGAGGAUGCAACGGGGGCAGUGUUGCGCAAACUGCCUACCUUUUUGAAAUACCGCAUGGAACACUUGGAAAGCCAUGUAGAGUUCUUGAGGUCAUUUGCGGGAUUAGAUGAUCAAGAAAUAUUCAGGAUCAUUCUUGUGUUUCCUAACAUUGUUAGCGCGAGUAGGGAGAGGAAAUUGCAUCCCAGAAUUAGUUUUCUCAAAGAAUGUGGACUCAACUCCAAUGAGAUUUUCAAGUUCUUGACAAAAGCCCCUUUGUUUUUGGGUCUAUCUUUUGAGGGGAACAUUGCUUAUAAGCUGGGUUUUUGGUGAAGAUUGGUUACAAGUACAGAACGAAGGAAUUCGCGGUUGCAAUAGGCGCUGUGACUAGGACAAGUUGUGAGAAUAUGCAGAAGGUGAUUGAGCUCUUAUUGAGUUAUGGGUUUUCUUGUGAAGACGUGCUUCUCAUGAGUAAGAAGCAUCCUCAGAUACUUAAAUACAAUCCUGAUUCUCUGGAGGAAAAAGUGGAAUAUUUGGUAGGGGAGAUGGGACGUGACGUUGAUGAGCUAUUGGAUUUCCCUGCAUUUCUUGGUUACAAACUCAACAGUAGAAUAAAGCAUAGGUACGAGGUGAAGAAGAAGAUUAUAGGUGAAGGGAUGUCAAUCAACAAGCUGCUUAAUGUUUCGUCUGAGAGAUUUGCAAAGAAGAAGGUAGAAAAGUUGGUGCACAAAGCCUGAAAAUUAGGGGUUGCUCAAUUUCAUCAGCAGAAGUUCAUGGCAAAAUUGAUGGAAAUUGCAUAGUUACCGAGUAUUCUCAAAGCUUCAUCAGUUGAAGGCUUUUGGUUUUUUCAGGCAAAAUUCUAGCUUGACUUCCUUAGGUGUAGAUAGAAAGUCAUAUUUUUCAUCCCUAAACCUGCAAAGCCAUUUUUAAGUUCGAAGAAAAUGGUCAAUGCCCAGUUGAAUGAAAUGACUGAGUAUGCUCCAUUUUAAGGUUAAAGCAAGAAGAAAAGUGGCUGAUCUUUGUAUUUGUGUAACCGUCCAUUACAAAGGAAUCCACCUUGAGUCGAUAGCAAUGUUUCCUUGGUUGCUCGCACGUUUUUCUGUUCUUAGUCCUGAAAUCUUGAAAAAAGUGAUCUGAUAUUGAAAAUAAUCCUGUCAGUGUGCAUGAAUCAAGACAUCGUUACCUUUGUUAUGCAAUUCAGAUAGAUUUUCUAACUGUGAUGGUCAGAAUCAAUAAGUCAACAUGAUUGCAAGGCAUCUA